UCUAGCCGAGACUCUUGACCUUUCUUUUGCAGUCCAUUUCGGAGAGCAGACGUGUUCGCAAAGGUGUGCCGAACUUCACAAGCGGCAGAGUUCUAGUAACCAGGAAAGGAACGAGAAGAGUCCGGAAGCUGGUACACUUCCCAGAUACUAACGACUAGCCGUCUACAACAGUCCUAAGUUUGGUUGUGCAGGUCCGAACGUGUUCUUGCGAGUCCGUGGACGUCCGGGUAGUAAUAAGUGGAAAUAGUAGCAGAAGACAGUACACUUACGGUCAAGUCUUAGCAAGAAUACAAACUCACCUCCAAAUAGAGAAUUACGAGAUAACAGCGGGAGAAAUAAAGCGUCACGAAUAUAACACUCCUACAAAAACAAUUAUUAAAAUCGGCAAAAAUAUCCAACGAUCCCCUACAGAGGAAGAUAUAAAUAAAUAAAAACAUUAAAUCACUCGUUCGCCGAACACGACCAAAAGAGAAAAAUUUGCGAACAACAAGAUACAUCAUCACAGUUUUCCACACUGUUCACCGAACUUCUGCCCAAAAAGAUUCAAAGAAACACGUGAAUAUCGUCGGGCUGAAUUCUUUAACCCCAAACACCAUUCUGACCAGUCAUUCCCCAUGGAAAACAAACAAAACAUAACACAAGACGAAACGAUAAAUGUUGCAGAGAUAGAUGUCUCAGAAGAUAAAUCUCCAGAGUUCCUCAUGCAAAACCUAAAUAAAAUUGCGAUACUACCAGUGGACAAAUGGAAACAUUACGUACAAUACUGGGAAAAAGAAAACUUUGAAUCGCGUCGAGGUUAUGAGGCAGCAGUCCAACAAAUUUUGAAACGGGUGCUAGAAACAAAAAAUGAAACGAAAAAGUGCAGUGAAAUCAAUAAGGAUCUUUAUCCAUUCGCAGCAACAUGCCAAGUCACACCAAAAAAUAAAUCAGUAAUAUCUGUAUCGAAACCUCAGGUGAGUCAACAAUUAUUAAGGUCCACACCGGGUACAUCUGUUACAUCCGUAACCUCCUCAUCUAUGAAUCCUUCGAUUAAACGUGAGAAAUAUUCAAGUGACAAUGACGAACCAACCCAGGAUAAGGUAACAGAAGAAGAGCACAACACCAAAAAGAAAUACAAAUACUCUGGAAAAGAAAGAAAUGGAAAGAAAUACUAAGAGAAAUACACAAGCAAUACAAAAAAAAGGAGGAAGAACUAAAUUGGUAACGAUUAGUUUAUGAACUAAUCGUUACCAAUCAUAACGUAGCACAUCGGUAUAAAAGUCCAGAUUAAGUGAUAUGAAGCAGAUAAGGAAACACCUCAUCGGACAAAGAUACGGAUGAUUUGACACAACACAAAGACAAAUCGAUAAUGAUUACUAAGUCUGGACUAAAGGCACACCGAUUUCAAAAGACAAUUGAGUGUAAGUUACCCGAGAACGGUAAAUUCAAAUAAACUCAAUAAUUUCGAGGACGCAAUUGAAUCCCACAAAAAUUAUCCACCUCCCGCCCUCCCUCUGGGGAUGGGGUGGGGGAUAACUUUGAAAUCUUAAAUAGGAACUCCUAUUUUUUAUUACAGAUUCGGAUUCUACAUCCAAAAACACGUAACUUUUGUCUGAACUUUUUUUUCUAUUUCUGAUAGAUGGCGCUGCAU